GGCAGAGCACAGACGCCAUUACAGGGUGUGUAAGGGCUCCUAACUUACUGUAGAAAUGGCUGAAAGAUUGUUAACAGACUUUCUUUGCUGCCAUAUUUGUUCUGAGAUUUUCAAAGAGCCCGUGUCUCUUCGCUGUAACCACAGCUUCUGUAGGACCUGUGUUCAUCAGUUCUGGGAGAAGACAAAGAGCAGGAACUGCCCCAUCUGUAAGAGGAGAUCGUCUAUGGACGACCCUGGUGUUAAUGUAAGUCUGAAGGAGCUGGCAGACUCUUACACUGGGAGAAAGAAAGCUGGUCUAGCUGAAAGGAAGGAGAUAAUCUGCAGCAAACAUACAGAGAGGCCCAUGUGGUUCUGUGUGGAUGAGGGGACAGCUGUGUGUUCUCUCUGUGAGUCUCCUAAACAUCACUCCAGUCACACAGUCAUCCCUGUGGAAGAGGCCGUGUCAGAUCUAAAGGAAAAGCUGAAAAGAAACCUCACCCCAAUGCAGGAUCAGUUGGUAAAAUGCAGAAAAAUCAAAACCAAGUAUGAGGACAUGGUGCAACACACAAAGAAACAGCUGGUAGCAACAGAGAGGCAGAUAAAGGCAGAGUUUGAGGAGCUCCACCAGUUCCUUCAAGAUGAAGAGGAGGCCAGACUAGCUGCACUGAGGGAGGAAGAGGAGCAGAAGGGGAAGACUAUGAGUGAAAAGCUGAAGAUCAUUCAGGAGCAGAUCUCCUCUCUCUCAGACAGAAUCAGUGCAGUGGAACAGGAGCUGAAGGAAGAGGAUAUAGCAUUCCUCAAGAAGUACAAGCAGACCUCAGUGAGAGCCCAGUGCACACUGCAGGAUCCACAGCUGCUUUCAGGGGCGCUGAUAGAUGUGGCCAAACACCUGGGCAAUCUGAGGUUCAGAGUCUGGGAGAAGAUGCUGGGGAUGGUGCAGUACACUCCUGUGAUUCUGGACCCCAACACUGCACAUGCCUAUCUUUCUCUGUCUGAGGAUCUGACCAGUGUGAGAUACACUGGAGUUAAUCAGCAGCUUCCUGACAACCCAGAGAGGUUUGAUUACUGUGUGAAUGUGUUGGGCUCUGAGGGGUUUACCUCAGGAAAACACAGCUGGGAGGUGGAGGUGGGGAACAAUCCUGAGUGGGAUGUAGGAGUGGCUAAAGAGUCCAUCAACAGGAAGGGGAAGAUCACAUACAGCCCAGGGAGAGGAUUCUGGGUUAUAGUGCUGAGGAAUGGGGAUGAGUAUAUAGCAGGAGGAGGAACCCCCCUCACACUGAAGAGGAAACCCCAGAGGAUCAGAGUGCAGCUGGACUAUGACAGGGGGGAGGUGUCCUUCUACGACUCCAGUGACAUGUCACACAUCUACACUUUCAAAGACACAUUUACUGAGAGACUCUUCCCAUAUUUCAAUCCUGGUGUAAAUAAUGAUGGCAGUAACCCUGGAGCCCUGCAGAUCUGCCCAGUGAAGGUGUCUAUCACAGUCAAUGAAAAUUGUGUUUAGUCUGGUUGUGAAGGAGUGGCCCUUCACCCCACCCCAACAGACUAAAUGUUAAAUGUUAAUUAAUUGUUAAAUUGGUUAUUCGGAUGUCUAAUUGUGUAAAUUGAGGAUCCUCAUAUUGUCCAUUUUCCAUCUUGUAAUAUAAGCGCUUUAAUCAAUCAACUACAACUGAAACUUGUUUCAUGUUUAUCUGAAUUGAUUAUUUAAUGGUUGUUUAAUUGUUUUGUUAAUUGUCUUGUCUGUCUGCAAACAAGUUAACUGGUCACACCUGCCCUAAUUAGGCUUGUUAUAUACAGGUGUGUGGCCACAUGGAGUGAGGUUCAGACUUUUCGAAGCCAUUUUGUGUGCUGGUGGCUUUUUUAAAAAAAUAAAUGACUGUUUUUGGUAAGUUUUUACUCCUUCUGUUAAUUUAUGUGUAGAGCAUCGGCCAGCUCUGUCACACUGGUAUUUUGAAACGUCUAUAUCUUCUGGAGUGGAAGGAAAUAUAAAACCUUGAAAAUUUCUCAUCAUCAAGCUUUUGUUAUUGGUCCCUCUCACAAAAAGAUACAAUAACUCCAAGGGAGACAUUUGUGUCAGAAUGACAGAAUUACAAAGACAGAGAUGGAACAGAAAAGUUUAAAUAAAUGUUUAACACACCCUAUACAGCAAUCAAAGGCAAAACAAUGAUAACUUUCCAAAUGAAAUCAUUCUCAGAGACAGGCACAUAGUCUGCACUAAUAUUUUCUGGAAGGAGGCAGCAGCUGUGCCUGCAAUCUUCCUGUUUUCUAUAAGUUAAAAUUUGGUGGAUGA